UACACGGUCAUCUUCAAAACCUCUCGUUUCCUCUUUUCAUUCUUCUUAAUCGUCUGAUUGCUAAAGGUUGAGGAUGGGGUUUGGGGUUAACCUCUCUAUAAAGCGCCGAAGCCUUUUCUUUUCCCCCGACUUUCUCCUCUGUUGUUCCUCUGCUUCUCGCGACUUCGGACUUCAUGCGACCGAGACCGGCGAUUUCUUCUUCUCUCGGUGGCGCCGACGAAGAGCGGACCUUGGAGUGUUGAGAGGAAGAGAGGUUAGUUACAGCCGAACCUUCUUUCUCCCCGAUCCCUUCCUCCCUUCUCUGAUCUCGGUGAACAACGGCGACGGAUCUCGAUCGGUGGAUUUCGCCGGCUGUCGGGAGGGAACCAAGGGCAUCGGCGUUGGAUCAGGCCAGCAUCGAUUGUUUGGAGGAGGUGGUUCUUUCUGGGAAGCAGAGACUGGUAUUUUGGUCCCGGCCACCACAGCUCUGUUGGAUCAAUCUCUUCUUCGUAUCAGUGAUCGUCUCCGGUGAUUGAAGGGUAC